AUGUCUAAGUCGGGAACACUACAUGGCAAGGACGAGACGGAUUGGCGAUGGUGGCAUGAAAGUAUACCUGAGAAAUUACGAGCCCUUGAUUUUGAUGGAUACACCAUCAUCAUUGCUUCAAACCAGGGACGAUUGACAGAGCAAGAUGGCAGGCGUGUCAUAGACAAGCAGCGUUCUCUCAUUAUUGGCGAUUCAGCUGGUCGUGAGUCUGAUUUCUCAGAUUCGGAUGUCCACUGGGCGAUGAAUGCCGGAGUUCCAUUCUACACGCCUGAAGUCUACUUCCUGGGUAAGGCACCGGAACCUCUAGGCCAUAAGUUCAACCCCGAGUGGCAUCUGAAUGGAAAUCCUGAGAAACCAAACGACGCAGACAUGGCUCAAUUUUCACUUGAAUCCAUAGUUGUCCUUGUCGGUCUCCCCGGAGCGGGAAAGACAACGUUCUAUGAUCGGUUUCUUCGAACUCGUGGAUUUGCCAGGCGAGAUGCUCGAUCCUACGAUUGUCGGGAAGCUUUUAUCCUCGCAGUUGAUGAAGCAAUGAGACACGGAAUCGCGAUGAACAAGGAGCAGCGGCCCGUCUACCCGCGGCUACAAUUCCUCGACCUCAUUCCUCGCUUCGAAAAUCCAGUCCUCGGUGAAGGGUUCCACGCUAUUCACGAAGUUCAAUUCAAGUGGAGCGGUACCGAAGCAGAACUGGACAUCUGGAAGAAGUUUUGGUUCUAA